GCUGGCGCCCUCUCCAAGAUGGCGGCCCCAGAUCCCGUCGGCGCCCACAGGCGGCAUCGAUGGAAGCGGUGUGCGCUCUUUAUAAUGGCCCGUGCUACUUCCGGUUUGGAGGAUUCCCAGCGCGGAAGCCGCUCUCCCGAUUCCAAGAUGAAGCCCAGCGUGUCCAGGAGGCGUCCUCUGCGUGAAAUAAUCACGGAGAAGCUGAGCACGGUCGCCUCGGAGAUCCUGGCCGCCGUGGAAAGGACGCUGACCGAGUACGAAGCGGAGGCCACCGUGCUGCGGCUGGAGCUGGAGCAGAUAAGGCGGCCGGAGCAGUUCCAGCCUCGGGUUAAGGAGGAGCCAACAGACGAUGAGCUGCUCAUUUCUCGCUGUGAAGUCCGUGGAGGUCAAAGAUUCCAGCAACAGGUCCAGCAGACACAAGAAACAAAGAACCAGAGCCAGGAGGGCCUCUCCUUCACUCGGGGACUAAAUAAGGAUCAAGAAGUUGACAAAGAAGGUCCUGAAAUUACCUCAAGGUUGGUUCCCUUACCGGAUCUGACUGACCAUAUAAAUGUGGAAUUCUCCCACAUCGGGAGUCUAGAAAACUAUGUGGACCUUAACAUCUGCAUCCUGAAGGACUGGACUAUUGAGGUGGUUACUGACCAAGUCGAGGAGGAGUACCCGGUUCAUGAGCUGCCAUGCCGUUCAGGCCAGCAGGAAGCAGACUUCCUGGACCUGCUGAGGUCCACCUUCCCUCAGCUGGCUCCUAACACACCGUUUGAGUCUUUUAUAACCGACAACAGCAGGAGGCUGCAGCCUUUGAAGGUGGAGUCCCUCACACCCGAGCAGAUCUGUGUGGCAGCUGGGAACUCCGCCCUUUACCUCCGACUGAAGUGUCCAAGCGAGCACGGAGCAGGAAGUGAGCAGCAGCUUAAUGAGCUUAGCGAUGACAACUUUAACGAAGACGACAACUGUGAUGAACGCCCUCCAUUCAUCCAACUUCAAACCCCACCCGACGCCAACUCCAGAAAUGAGCCUCCUGAUGAGAAUAAGACCAGGAAUGAAGAAAUCCCAUUGAGGAUCCGGGUUCUGGGUGAUCCUCGGAUCACUUGCCUGUCAAAACCAGUGCUGAAGAGGUACAGGCUUAAAACGCUGAAGUGUCCUUGUGACAUGGAGGAAGCAGACUUCAUGAAGCUGCUGAGGUCCACCUUCCCUGUGCUGGCUGGCGACAGGCCGUUUGAGUUUUUAAUGAGCAACCUCUCUAAAAAACUUUUUCCUCUCAAUCUGGAGUCCUACACCCCAGAUCACAUCUACAAGGCUCUUGGGUUGUCUGGCCUCUACAUUCGACUGAAGGUACACCUCCACCUCAGAGUUCAGCAAGCGUUGGCCACAACAGAUGUCGUUGUCUGA